AUGAAAAAGGCUUUCAAGAAUACAGAGUCACUGUCACCCACCGCUACACCAACACCCUCACCCUCACCUACACCUACACCUACACUUACGCAUACACCCAAACCUACACCUAUGCAUACACCCAAACCUACAUCUACACAUACACCCAAACCUACACCUACACAUACACCCAAACCUACACCUACACCCAAACCUACACCUACACUUACGCAUACACCCAAACCUACACCUAUGCAUACACCCAAACCUACACCUACACAUACACCCAAACCUACAUCUACACAUACACCCAAACCUACACCUACACAUACACCCAAACCUACACCUACACCCAAACCUACACCUACACCUACGCAUACACCCAAACCUACAGUAUACACCCAAACCUACACCUACACAUACACCCAAACCUACACCUAUGCAUACACCCAAACCUACACAUACACCCAAACCUACACCUAUGCAUACACCCAAACCUACACCUACACAUACACCCAAACCUACACCUGCGCAUUUGCCUACGUCCAACUCUACACCUACGCCAAAACCUACACCUAUUUAUACACCCAAACCUACACCUACAAAUACACCCAAACCUACACCUACACAUACACCCAAACCUACACCUACACCCAAACCUACACCUACACCUAUCCAUACACCCAAACCUACACCUACACAUGCAACCAAACCUACAUCUACACAUACACCCAAACCUACACCUACACAUACACCCAAACCUACACCUGCGCAUUCGCCUACGCCCAAGUCUACACCUACGCCAAAACCUACACCUACAGUCGCAGUAUCUGA